UGUUAAACACUCAGUAAUCUUGUUAAUGUCAGUUUAACUUGUUCGGCAACGGUCAAACCAAAUUCAUGCAGCAUGUCACUCCUAAAAACUAUCGAGACUAUAUCAAAAUUACCCAGUGUAAAAUUUUGCAUUCCUGUUACGAAUCAGCACCAGCACAUCCGCAUUACCCAGAAUAAUGCCGCAAAGCCUGUUUUUAGAAGGAACAAAUGUCAAGACGAAGGGCCUUCUCCGAUCUUACAAUUGGCGAAAAGAGCUCAACUGGAGACGCAGGUCAGACCUUACCAUGUGAUGACUGGAGGUCAGAUUUUAGAUAUGCCUAGUAACAGCCAGGGGUAUAUUCUUCCAGUUCGCUCAACACCGGUGUCCCAAUUCAAGGGCAAACAUAAAGGAGGCAAAGGACAAUAUGGAGGUACUGGAGGCAGCGAUGGUUGCCCACCCUGCAAAACCGACCCCAAUCCCUGCAAAAUGCAGAACUGCAAGCUGAAAAAGCCAAAAAGGAAGAACGAACAUGAAUGCGACCCUGACGAACCAGAAGAUAUUUGCAAACGAGAUAGCCCUUGCAAUUGGUACCCUGGCAAAAAACCGUGUAAAUGAUGAAGAAAAAGUCACAAAACGUAUUUUUCCGAUAUCCCAAUGCUGAGGGCCGAAUUUAAGACACACUGUAUAGUAUAAUGGACGCCUAACGAAGAUAAAAUAUGACAAAAUAGAACACCGACUUGCGCGACUACCACAGACGAGGUGUAAUCGACACAACUGUGACUAGAUCGCAACGUUGCC